CGCGCCCCGAGGGGCGAGAGGAGCGGGCCGGCGGGUGCGAUUGGCUGGGCCGGCCCCUGGCGCGCCUCCGAUUGGGCGGCUCGCACGCCGCUGGCGGCACGGGGAGGUGGCGAGAGGGUGGUCGGCAUGGAGGCCGCGGUGUCCGACGUGGGGGUCUGCAACUUGGCCUACGCCGGGCGCCUGGACGAGCUGCGGACGCAGCUGCUGCGCGACAGGGCCUUGGCCACAAAGGCCGACCAGGACAGCCGGACCGCGCUGCACUGGGCCUGCUCGGCGGGACACACGGACGUCGCAGAGCUCCUCCUUGGCCUCGGCGUGCCUGUGAACGAUAAGGACGAUGCUGGCUGGACUCCCUUACACAUUGCCUCCUCGGCAGGCCGUGAUGAAAUUGUGAAAGCCCUCAUUGCCAAAGGUGCUCAUGUAAAUGCUGUCAAUCAGAACGGCUGCACGCCUCUGCAUUAUGCAGCCUCCAAAAAUAAGCAGGAGAUUGCAAUCAUGCUUUUAGAGAAUGGAGCUGAUCCAAAUGCAACAGAUCAUUUUGAAUCCACUCCACUACACAGAGCAGCAGCCAAAGGAAACCUAAAAAUGGUACGGAUCCUUCUGCAGCACAAGGCAUCUGUUAAUAUACAGGACUCUGAAGGAAACACUCCUCUCCAUUUAGCCUGUGAUGAAGAGCGAGUGGAGGAGGCAAAGCUGCUGGUGUCUCAUGGUGCAAGUAUUCAUAUUGAGAAUAAAGAAGAACUGACUCCCCUGAAAGUGGCCAAAGGUGGCCUGGGAACCAUACUGAAGCGAAUGGUGGAAGGGUAGUGGGGACUUCUGGCUUGAGGCUCUCUCCUGUCGCACUUGUAUUUAAGACUGCAAACUUCUUACUUUGAUAGUUCCACCAGGAUAUCUUGUGUGGGCAUCAGCGUGGUAAUAAACUGUGCAGCUCUAGCUUUCCUUUGAGUACAGUGCCAAAAGGAACUGUUUGUACUUCCUGUUAGCUAAAUAGAUCACCAGGUUUAAAGUACUUUUCAGUAUCAUGCAGUUUUCUUUCAGUUGACAGGAUGAUCUGUAUAAAUGUGGUCAUUCCUGCUAUUUCAGAACCUAGUUUAGGAUUCUUUCCAUCAAACAACAGGACCAAAAAUACUGUAACCAUUUAAAGUCAGUUUUAUUUUGGAAGCUUAUUCUAGCCUUUUCUUUUGUUCCUUUGGUUUUUUUUGGAGGGGAGUUGUUUGUUUUUUGUGGGUAUUAGUUCUUUUCCUUCAAAUUAUUCUAAACUACACCUCUCCCUUUGUAGAAUGCUGUUUGCUCAGUUUCUUGGAUAAUUGUGUCCUUUUUUACUCUUGUUAAUCUGUUCAUGUGAGCUGUGAGUGUUAAAAGCUUUUCUGUUGUUACCUAUUGUUAUCUUGGAACACAUGUAUGUGGUGAAGUGCACUGGACUGCUUGCAGGAUGCAGGUUCAGUUUCAGGGUUGCCUCUGCAAAUACACUGUUAAGUAAUGGAUGGCUCUGGAUGCUUCUCUUGGAUGCACUUGGGGUCUUAUUUCCUCUUGCUCCUUGUGGAUUUCUUUUCCUGUUCUGUUUGACUCCUGUAGCACUGGCGUUCACAGCUUACCAUUGUAUUUUAAAACAGAAGGCUGUGGUUUGAUCUGUUGUUUACUCAUAGCAAAUCCUGGUAUUAAGGUAUUGGAAGCAAAGCUAAUGAGACUGAGUCUGAAAAGUGGUCUUUUGUUCUGAUGUUGGCAAGGUCACUUUUGACACUGGUGAGAGAGGUUUCCCCCUUCUGAAGUAAUGAUGCUGAUGAAAUUCUGUGAAAUAAAGAACUUUCCUAAACAGCA